AUGCUUCCUGUAAUACUUUUUCCUUUCACCGGUGUGAUGACAUGUACAGAAACCGCUCAACAGUUCAUCAAUGACACAAAUUUCCUGUUCAUCGGCGGACUGAUUAUGGCAGCUGCUGUGGAAAAAUGUGAUUUACAUCAACGGGUAGCGCUAUCCGUGCUCACAAUGGUUGGAGGCGAGCCAAAGUGGAUCAUGCUUGGCUUCAUGAUGGUCACAGCAUUACUGAGUAUGUUCAUCUCAAAUACAGCUACCACUGCAAUGAUGGUCCCAAUUGCUCAAUCAGUAGUUACUCAACUGGUUUGCGAUUCUCAGCUGGAAAGCGGAAAUCGUGGACGAGUGAACUGUAAACGAAUGUCAACGGGUUUAGUGCUGUGCAUAUGUGUGGCAGCAAAUAUUGGUGGAAUUGGUACGGUAAAUGGAACUCCUAGCAAUAUUGUUAUGGUUGGACAGCUGAAGGAGUGA